AUGAAGGCCUCUACUGCUACCCUCGCCCUCAGCGCCCUUGUCGGCAGCUCCUACGCCAAGCCCAUGAACAUGGACGCGGUCAACGGCAUGGAGUCGACCAACAACAUGAUGAGCAAGGACGUGAACAUGGACAAGACGGUCAUUGCCCGUGCCAACAGUGUCAUCAACAUGGGGCUCGAGCAGCACAUGGGCACGAUGCUGCCCGCCGGUGAGGCCAUCACGGUCAAGCCCACGCUCAGUCUCGCCCGCCGCCAGGCCGACGCGGUUCUCGGCGGCCUCGAGGGCAUCCUCAACGACCUCCAGGUCUCGCAGCGCGAGAUCGAUGCCCUCAUCGGGUCGGGCAGCGGCUCGGUCGACGUCCAGCGCCUCAAGGGCCUCCUCAGCGGCGUCCAGGGCACCCUCGGCGGCCUCAUCGGUGUUGUCAACCCCGGCACCCGCGGCUUUUCGCUCGAGCUCGCCGACGUCACAGGCUCGACCGACUUUAUCGGCCAGAUCAUCUCGACUGUGUCGGGCAUUCUGUCAUCAAUCUUUGGCCUCGCGUCCGGCGGUAAGGCCGGCGGCGCCCUCAGCAGCCUCGGCGGCGUCGUUGGCGGCAAGGCCGGUGGUCCCCUCGACGGCAUUCUGGGAACCGUCUUUGGUCUUCUCGGCGGUGGCGCCGGCGCCGGUGGCGCUGAUAAUGUCGGCGGUAGCCUCCUCACUGGCCUCCUCGGUGGUCUCCUUGGAGGUGGCUCUGGCGGUGCCGGUGUGACCGGCGGGCUCACCGGAACCGGUGCUGGUGCGGGCGCUGGCGGUGCCCUCAACGGUGUCACUGGUACCCUCGGUGGCGUGACUGGCGGCCUCACUGGUGCAGCCGGUGCCGGUACCGGUGCCGGUGCUGGUGCCGGUGCUGGCGCUGCUCUCGACGGUGUCACUGGCACCCUCGGCGACCUGACCAACGGUGUUGCUGGUACUCUCGGCGGCAUCACCAACGGGCUGACUGGUGCCCUCGGUGGCAUCACGGGCAGUCUCGGUGGCCUCACGAACGGCCUCACGAACGGCCUCACUAGCACCGUCGGCGGCGUUGCUGGCGGUGCUACCAAGGCCGCGACUGGCGCUGCCGGCUCCGUCAUGGUGGGCGGUACCCGCAUGUGCGCCUGCUAA